ACCAGAUGCAGCUGGAAUUGCCAAGUUAUUGAUUCUGGCUCAUUCAAACAAACGAAGACAAUCUUUGCUAAGAGCAAAGUCAUCCAAGUUGCUGUCAUAUAUAGGAAGAAGGUGGACGAGAAAUCAUGCGUUAACCAAGUUCCUUUUAACUCAAGCAGAGUUACCAUAGAGAACUGGCAAACAUGGCGACCAGCGAAUCCAUCAUCCAAUUUCGCCCACGUAAUUGACAGAGUACUGAAUUUGGUUUUUCCUCCUUACCUUGAAGAAAAAAGAGAAAUCAAGGUAGAUUGUAACGUAACACAGACAACAGGUACGAUGGAAACCAACCGGGAUUCAGUUUUGCCUGAAGUUAUAAUUCAAGGUCACCUUACGAACGACCUUGAAGCAAACUUUGAGAGUAUAAACAUAGGUAACUCAACAGGAAACAAUAGUGACAAUCAGUUGAAGCGUAGCAACGGAUUUAAAGAUGCAAAUUUACCAUUAGUUAUUCUUGUAGCGGUAUUGUUUACAGCUUUCGUAUAUUAUUCCCCUGCAUUUCUUUGCUUUUUCUCUCCUACACUGGUUACGAAAAAUGGUGUACGUUAUAUUACUCUGGAAGGAGCAAGUCCUGUAAGUCUUAGCUAUCUGAUAGCAAAUUAUUUCCACUCCGAAGUUGAUAAUCUCCGGCAUAAGACUAAAAAGCUUAUUGCGCAAGCUGUGUUAGUACCACUUCCAUUUCUUGUACCUGCGGUUGUUUUUUAUCACAUGAUCAUUCAGCGUCUCCAGCGAGAAAGUAUACCGGUAAGAUUUCGAUUCAUUCUCGAUUUCUCGCAACCUUUUAUGUUAGUAUGCUUUAUUAGUUAUUUUCUUCAGGCAGUGUACGAUUCCUUUUUUAAUGUGACCCCUAUCAAAACACCCUGCUUCGUUUGUAGGAGUGUUAAAUCCAACCUCACAUGCAAUGAUAAACUUCCUCGGCGAAUUCUCAAUCACCUGCGCAUUCAACCACUAAUUAUAAUGAAAUGCUGGAGACUGUUUUGUAGACGCCAUGUUAGUUAUUGUAAAAUAUCUCGAGUUAUUUUGCCUUCUUGGAAAGCAUCUAUCUCAUGGUUUCUCCGUGUUCCCGUAUUAAUUGUCUUCUUGUCUACGAUUCCAAUCGUCACUGUCUUACUACUUGCAGGAAUGCUAGUAGCAGUUCUAUUUAGUAUUUUAUUCCUCACGUCUCCCUUGAUCAUCUUAACCGAUGUGACUAGGGUCAAUGUGGAUAGUGGCUCUGUCUUCAAUAGUUUACCGGUUUUGGUAUUUUUACGAAUUUUCGUCACUAGUCCAGCAAUUGCUGGAGCAAUGCUGGUCUUGGUUGGUGCAUCGCUUACUUUUUUUAUGGCUAUAGCUAUACUUUUCAUCCUUUUGUUUUCUGAGAAAGGCCUCCCAUAUGUGGUAUGCUUCGUUCUAAUUUUGUAUUACUUGGUGAGUAGCUACAGCUCUUUCGUUAACAAAUACCAGGAUCUCUCUCUAAUGCUUUUUAAGUUUUACAAACAACUUCGUAUAAAGCAAUAUGACCAAAUAUCAGAUGAUGAAUUACCGAUGAAUCUUGAACAAAUAGACACUCCCAAUUCUGACACCAGGGGCGUUGUGGUUAGAAUUCCACAAGACCUUUUCGACGUGGCAUGUGACAAACUUAUGCCUCUCAGAGAAAGUGUUUAUAUACUGUUUUUAAAAGUAAUUUUAAUUCUCAGUUUUGUAAGUCUUACGUUUUUGUUUAUACUGCGUUUUAACGUUGGCGCAACGCCUGUGAUGCGAGCUUUAGCCACUUUUUUUACUGGAUCUUUUCCGAAGAUCCUUGGCAUCUCUGGCAUCGGGGACAGACAGCGAAAGCUUAAGGCUACAAUCGUAGAGGAAAAAAUACCUGAAAUUGUGCGAGAUUACGUAAACGGAACUUCAAACAUAUAUGAAAUGGUAGCGGGUGAGGAGAAUGGUUUAGUCGAUGAUCACAGUAAUCUCUUUGAGAACACGGUUUGAUAACGCCUCGUUCAGGUAAUAGGGUUUCGUAGCUGUUUAUCUAUCAUACCAGAAUGAUUCUGUAUCGUCCAUUGAAGUUCAUUCCGGCUCUACCCGCUUUAUCUGUGUUGGGUUCAAAUAAUAACACGGCGUUAAGUCUUCAUAUACAUGCCACUCAAUUCACACCAAACAAAACCACCUUCGGUAGAUUAGGCAACAUAUAAAAGCAGAGAACUAAAAGACCAGCUUGUUUGUAGGGUCCAAGUUUCUAAUGUAUGAUUUUCCUUGUGCUAACGUAGACGUCGAUGAUUAUCGUCUUUCGACUUUUUUUUUGAAAGUUGCGUGAAUCUAAACAGGGUUUACCCUUGAGAUUUGGUGUGAGUAGGGUAUUAUUUUGCUUGAGUUUUUCUUUCCUUGUUCUUGAGUAAAUGACGAAAGAGUGGAAUAUAUAAGAGUAAGUGGUUUGCUGCAACAGUUAUAGCAACUAGUUUAUAAUAUGACUCUUCGUUUACCGAGUAAUAUCUUG